AUGAUUAAGUUUACAGAAAAUCUCAAAUCAUUUCAAACUCAACAAAAACUUCAAUACUUGAUCAAUUCCAAUCCAUCUCCCUCAAAGGAAGGUGUUGACAGAUUUGCCUCAACAGUAGAAGAUUUAAUUAUGCAUGCUGCUAAAAAAUCCAUGAAAAUCAAAAAGAAGAAAUACAGAAACAAAAUUUCCAAUGUCUGUAACAAAAAAUGGUUCGAUAAAGAAUGUCGACUCCAAAGACAUUCAUUGAGAAAACUCGCAAACCAAAAACACCGUGAUCCCCUUAAUACCGAAAUAAGAGACAAAUACCAUACCACACGUAAGAUUUAUAAAAACACUCUAAAACGCAAGAAAGAACUUUUUCAUGAAAAGAAACUAGAAGAACUAGAAAGAGUUUCUGAAAAUGACCCAAAUUCCUUCUGGAAACUAUUAAAGAACAUGAGUGAUGACUUUGAGGACCCUUCCAUGAGUAAACCAGAUGUUUCGGCUAACAGCUGGCUCACUCAUUUCGAAUCCCUGCAUGCAAAACAUACGUUAGACACAGAACAGAAUAAUAUUUUACAAAAAUUAACAAAACUUGAAGAAGAAAUCCCAAAUAAUUUUCUUGAUGAACCGAUUUCUGAAGUAGAAGUUUUAAGUGCUGCAAAGAAAUUAAAAAACAACAAAUCUGCUUAUUCUGACAGGAUAAAAAACGAAAUGCUAAAGUGUAGUGUCAAAAUAUUACUUAAAUUAUACCAAAAACUUUUUAACCUCAUUUUAGAAACAGGGCAUUUCCCAGAUCAAUGGUGUGAAGGUCUCAUUACACCAAUUUUUAAGUCAGGAGAUAAAACUGACCCCAAUAACUACAGGGGAAUUUGCGUGACUAGCUGUCUCAGCAAAUUCCUUUGUAUUAUUUUAAAUCAACGGUUAAGUAAAUUUAGCAUUGAUAGAAACAUAAUUCACCCAUCCCAAAUCGGAUUUCAGUCGGGCCACAGAACAGCUGAUCACAUUUUCACUCUUAAAACAAUAAUAGACAAACACAUAAAUGAGAACAAAAAGGAAAAACUCUAUGCAUGCUUUGUUGAUUUUAGAAAGGCUUUUGACUCUGUUUGGCAUGAAGGCCUUUUUUUAAAACUGCUUGAAAACAAAAUUGAUGGUAACUUCUACAACCUUGUUAAAAGUUUAUAUUCAAACUCUAAAUGCGCCGUAAAAGAAAGCAAAACUAAUCGAACUGAAUUUUUCUCAUACUCCACAGGAGUGCGUCAAGGCUGUGUUCUGAGCCCUCUUCUAUUUAAUAUCUACAUAAACGAAUUGGCAACAUUAUUUGACACUACAGAUGCUGAUCCGUUUAUACUACCAAAUGGAACUAAACUGAGUUGUCUUCUAUAUGCCGAUGACUUAAUUUUAUUAUCUCGAUCAAAAUUCGGCCUACAAAAAUCUCUAGACGAUCUCCAUAGUUGGAGUAAAAAAUGGCUCAUGGAGAUAAAUUUGAAGAAAACACAAAUAAUGAUUAUUGAAAAACGAAAAACAAGAAAGGCAAGCCCAAAGUUUAAUGUUGGAAAUCGGAACAUAGCAAUUGUACAGGAAUACUGUUACCUAGGAGUCAAACUAAAUCACAAUGGCAAUUUCACUUUAGCUCUAAAGCAACUAAGUGAGAAAGCCUUGCAUACUUUAUAUGGUAUAAGAAGACAGCUCAACUUCAGCCGCCUCAAUCCCAAAUAUGCCAUUAAAAUAUUUGAUUCUAUUAUAAGCCCGAUCCUACUAUACAACUCUGAAGUAUGGGGGACAUACGUGAAACACGAUUUCAACAAUUGGGACAAGUUACCAAUUGAAAAAGUCCAUCUUAAGUUCUGUAAAAUAUACCUCGCUGUCAGUAGGAAAGCAAGUAACAUUGCUUCCAGAGCUGAGCUUGGAAAACUCCCUCUUAUUAUCAAUGUAUUCAAAAGGGUCUUCAAAUACAUCACUCACUUAAACUCACUUCCCGAAACAGCCAUUGCAAAGCAAGCAUUUCUAAUCUCGAAAGAUCUCUACUCUAGGCAGAAAACUUCCUUUUACGGAAAUGCAAUGGAUACAAUCAAAAAUUUAAACCUAAAUGAAGAAAUCCCUAGUCUGGAAGCCGUAACGUCUGAACAUAUUGAAGCUAUUACCAAAACCCUUGAGGAAAAAUACUUGACAUUCUGGAAACAUAAACUUGAAAAUUCAUCCAAAUUAACUUUCUAUUCAACAUUCAAAACGGACCACAACCUCGAAAAAUACUUAAUACUUAUAAAAGACCCAUACAAGAGAAAAUGUCUUUCACGUUUUAGAGUUAGCAGCCAUAACCUCCAAAUUGAGAUCGGGCAAUACCAAAAUACACCCCGAGAAGAACGCUUAUGUGAAAUCUGUAAUUCAGGAGAGGUGGAAAACGAAACCCAUUUCCUACUCUUUUGCAAAGCCUAUGAGCAUUCUCGUGAAGACCUCCGAAGUUCUUUAGAGAAUGUCUCAUCUAACGAGAUUAAACUGAACUCUCAAACUCUAUCAGCUGACUUAAUGAAGUCAACUGAUAGUGAAAUCAUAACUAAACUGUCAAAAUUUGUUUAUUCAUGUUUUGAACAAAGGCUUAAAUACCUUGAAAACAGGAGUGCUAGUUAG